AUGGGUUCAGAAUCUGAUAUAGAUGAGCUACACAGCUCCAUUUUAAGUCUGUGCGAGGAAGGUUCUCACACUAGGACAUUUAACCAGACACUCAACUUGUCUCCGAUAAAAUCAAAUGAUAAAAGUAACGUGGAUACUCCUUCUGUUGUGCAAUGUUCAGCUACUGAAUUCACACCUUCCCUUGAUCCUCAUUCAGACAAAAGAUUUUCAUUCAGAACUCACAGUACACCAUUAGUGCCAAAAAAGUUAUGUUCAAGUCCUUUGACGUCAGAGCCUAAAGAAAUGACUGUUUUGGAGCAAGAGGACACAUCUAGAACUGUCUUAGAGCAAGCAGACAAAGUUGGGACUGUGUUUGAGGGAGAAAAUGCGGCUAAAGACAUACAUGAAAUGACCUAUGAAGAGCUGUUGUCUGAGAUCACAAUGUUGUGUGAGCUGCCUCAGAAUCAUUUGUUGAGUUCAGAAGGUCCCUCAAAGUUAAAAAUGGAGGAUUCCUUAAAAGAUCUGAAUCAGACGCAACUAAGCAAAAUAGACAUGGAUAGCAUUUUAUCCCAGUCCUAUGUACAAAGAGACAAGCCACAGAGAGAAGAGCAGAAGAAAGAAGAAACACCUGGGAGAUUCGCAAGUUUUUCAACCACAACUUCAACAAGUUUAGUUGUUAUAGAUGAGGAAGAAGAUAUUGAACUUUCAGAGGAUAUUCUUGGACUGGAUGACUUCAUUUAUAGUGAGUUAGAUUCAGAUGACAAUAUUGAUGAAGAAACUUUGUUAUCAGGUGAGGAUACUGUAAUUGCUGAUAAAACACUGAAGAAUGACAGAAAUGUUGCAGUUUUGGAGAAAGCAACUGAAAUACCAAAAACAGAAUCGGAGACGACAGCUUCUAGAUCAGGUACUGAUGACUUAGAUGCAGAGGAUAAGGGAAUCAACAUAUUAAAAACUGUUAGCACAAGUGAAAUAGGCCAGAAGACAAAUGUUGAUGUUAAUAAAAACACUGAGUGUGAUACUCAGAAGAGAAAGGAAAAUGAUUUUGAAGAAAAACAUUCCAAAAAGACAAAACUUACAGAUUCUCAUGAGGAUGAGUCUGAAGGAAUGGUUAAAAGGAAUCUAGAGAGUGACAAAGCCCAGUCAGAUGUAGAAUAUGUUGUCAUCAACUUGCUGUUGGACUCGGAAUCAGAUUUUGAUAAGUCUGAUCGAGAUGAAGAGGAGGCUUCUAAAAGAAGAAAUACAGAGACUUCAGUGUUAGAUAAUAAGGUUAGAGUACCGAUGGUGUGUGUCAGUCCACUGAUAAAACAUGCUGAUGAAAGUGUCGAGGAUGCAAAAGAUUCUCAAGACAAAGAGACUGAUGAGAAACAUUACGCACAGUUAAAUUAUGAGUCAGAGAGAUCUUAUUUAAAAAAUGAAAAUGAACUUACAAGGAGUGUGAUGAGAAAAUGGAAUUCCAGUGGAAUCCAUAAUCCUGAUAAAAAUUUGACCUAUGCAACUACUUUAAGGAAAAAGACCAAUGGCAUGAAAGGUCGAUUGGAAGGAUUUCACUUAUCUACCCUACAUGGAGAUAACAGUGGGGCCGACCCAUAUAUGAAAAGUCAUGUGAAUACAAGAUCUUUGGCAGAAAAUAUUAACAAAUUGAAAAUGGACAUGAAUGACUUGGAGUUUUAUUAUUAUAACAGACUCCAGGAGAUGAAGUGUAUCUUCCAUGCAAAGAUGGAUGAUCAAAUUGACCGGAAUAGGAAUCGCAUACGACACUUACGAAUUCAACAGGAAAUGGAGGCGAGAUCUGUUCAUUAUCAGCAUUUUGAUCUGAUGAUUAAACAGUGUAAACUCAUGCAGCUGAAAAUGGACCAUCAGGCACAAAUGAAUCAUAUGAAGUGUGUUGCUUUCAGUGAAGAACAAGCUGUACAGGAUGAAUAUUCAAGGAAAGUGGAGAUGGAGAGGAUAAGAUAUGAGGAGCAAUACAAUAAGUUGUCCUCUCUUGUUAAACAAUUAACUCAGAGGGAGUUUGAAGAGAAAGAUGACCAAUUUGGACCACAUAUCAUGGUUGAUUUGGUCAAGGCUCCAUGUAGGGACAACAAUGAGAGAAAGUCUCUAGUCUCUGUGUGUUUACCUUUGGACAUUGCAAAUGCUAUUAUAAAAGAGGAUGAAUUUUAUGAAAGAUUUUACGAGUACUAGUAUCGCAUGACAGUG